AUGACUUCCUCCGCCCUGGAAAGUACUGCCGAGUUUGCUGAGAGGUGCAAGCGGCUAGGACUGUCGGCAGCCAACUUGGAGGUGCUCCAGCAUGCAGGCGUUGCAAGCUUUGGCCAGUUGUGCUUUAGCGUGAGUGCCUCCCCUCACACCAUCACUGACCAGACAUUCGAAGCAUGGGUUCAGCGGCUUUGGGUGCCCUCGGUUCCUUCUGAGCAGCAGCAAACAUGUCUGAAGAAGCUCCUUUUCGAAAGCCAAACCAUGUCAAUGGGCGAGAUUCGUCAGAAGAUGUCGCAACGGCAGCAGGCUAGGAUCACUGGUUUGGUGUACACUCCUGAGACUACUCCCUCGCACUACCUAGUUGACUUGUUUAACGAUCAACUUGAGACGGGAGUCAUUGCAUGGGUCGCGCCUGAAAAGUGCGCUUCCAGGGCAGAUGAAAUGCAAAGCAAUAAGAAGGACAAAGCCUUGCAGCUCAUGCCGGAUGGACAGAUCAAGGUUAACUCCAAGGCUGCAGAGGUCAGGUGUGAAGCCAGCACUGACUCCAAGCUUCGUGCAGCUUGGCAGAGACGGUCCCUUGCAAUGGACAUGGCUGGGAUUGCAACUUUCAUCGUGGUUGAAAAGUGGGUACAUCAUCUCUUUUCAGUGUUUGCCCGCGACGUGCCGGAAGGUUAUGCACCCAUCCAGUUGAG